UUUCUGGCAUCUAAACGUUUAGUUUGGAAAUGGAUCCCGACGCGUUUAGCCGUUUACUAACUUCUACACUGGCAAGUGGGCAAUUGGCCAAUGCCCUGCAAUCUGCCCUUCAAAACCAUUCAUCGUCGAACCCACCAAGUGGCAGUGUGGUAGCUCCAACAUCAUUUACCGGUGGUCAGCAGGGACAAACACCGCCUCGGCCACAAUUAGGGUGUUAUCCAACCUCUUCAUCGGCUGCUGGCUCGUCCGUGAAUCAAAAUGAAAGGCAACAAUCAUCGAUUUCAAUUGGAGGUGCCUCUGGUUAUAAUGGCCCCCAGAACUUUGUGCUACCUGGAUAUGGUUACGUUUCUCCUGAAGCUCUUGAUCGUGGUUCGAGAUUAAAACAACGCUCCCAAAAGUUCCGUACUCCCCCUCCUGGGCCAAGUUGGCGAAUUACAGGUAGACCACAGGUAGAGCCAAAGGCAUUUACCAAGGUACUAGUCUGUUUUUCUGCCCAUUCCCAUUCCCAUUCACUAUUCCACGUGAAACUAUGUGAAUACUAAUACAAAUUCACGUAACCAGCUUAUUUUUAUUUAUUUAUUUAUUUUCAUUUUUGAAUUUAUAAUUGUUUUCUUCAAUAAGAAUAUCUAGCUGAGGGGUAUUAAGGUAGAUCAUUAGACGCCUAGUAAAGCCGUAGUAAACCAACAUACGGUUUGCAUGCUAUAGGCUAUGCUGAUACACGCUAAUACGUUUAGUUCAUUUUUGUUUUUAUUUCUUGUAUGGCCGUGACAUUUUUUUAAGAAAAAUAAUAAUUCUCUCCUAAAAUAUUACAUUUCCCAAGUUUCAUAGUAUUGCACGUUUGAAAUAUAUGU